CGGAACACGAGAGAGGGAGAGAGAGAGUGAGAGAGGGAGGGGGGAGAGAGAGAGAGAGAGCCGGGACAGUGUCAACAGCUCAGCUCCCAGCACAGUCAGCUGAAAUCCAGAGCUCAGCUCAGAAGCUCAGAGAGGGGAAGCAGACAAAACGCAGCAGCUUCAGCCGGGAAACAUCGUCAGACUUGUGUUUCAUGGAAUUUGGCCACGAUACACAAAUUGCCAAAUGAGAGGUUUAAAGCCAAAGGAUGUAGGAAUACUUUAACAUUUUUCUUCAAACCUUGCUUUAUUGAGAAUCUUUUUUUUUUCCAUUGCUAGUGACGUGACACAGGGACAAUCCAUCUCUCAGGGUAGCCCAUCUGAAGUGGAUCAUGCCCCCUAGAUAGCAGCCUCAUCCUCCUCUCCACUCCCCCUCCCUGCCCUUGGCCCCUUCCUCUACCUUCCUGGUCCAGCGCCACCACUGCCACCUGUGUCACCACAGCAAUCAUGCCCCCCAGGAAGAGGACGCGGCCGGGCCUGGGCUUCCUGUGCUGCUUUGGCAGCAGCGAGCCCCCAGAGAUCAACUUGAAGGAUAGUGUGCCCCUGCAGCUGCUAGAGUUCAGCGCCCCCAUGCCGCCCGCUGAGGAGCUGCAUGCGCGUUUCUCCGAACUGGUGGAUGAACUGGACCUGACGGAUAAGAACAGGGAGGCCAUGUUCGCUCUGCCCGAUGAGAAGAAAUGGCAAAUCUACUGCAGCAAGAAGAAGGAGCAAGAGGACCCCAACAAGCUGGCCACCAGCUGGCCUGACUACUACAUCGACCGCAUCAACUCCAUGGCUGCUAUGCAGACCCUGUUUGCCUUUGAUGAAGAGGAAAUGGAAAUGAGGAACAAGGUGGUGGAAGAUCUGAAGACAGCACUUCGCACUCAGCCAAUGAGGUUUGUCACACGCUUCAUUGAGCUGGAUGGCCUCACCUGCCUCCUCAACUUCCUGCGCAGCAUGGACUACGAGACAUCAGAGAGCCGCGUCCACACCUCCGUCAUCGGCUGUAUCAAAGCCCUGAUGAACAACUCGCAGGGCCGCGCUCACGUCCUGGCCCACCCGCAGAGCAUCAACACCAUCUCACAGAGCUUGCGGACGGAGAACAUCAAGACCAAAGUGGCGGUGCUGGAGAUUCUUGGGGCGGUGUGCCUGGUGCCUGACGGACACAAGAAGGUGCUGCAGGCCAUGGCGCACUACCAGAAAUACGCUGCGGAGAGGACACGCUUCCAGACACUGCUGAAUGAGCUGGACAGGAGUACAGGCCGCUACAGAGACGAGGUCAACUUGAAGACAGCCAUCAUGUCCUUCAUCAACGCUGUGCUGAAUGCUGGAGCUGGGGAGGACAACCUGGAGUUUCGACUCCACCUAAGGUACGAGUUCCUGAUGUUAGGCAUCCAGCCAGUGAUCGACAAGCUGCGAGAGCAUGAAAACGCCACUCUGGACAGGCAUUUGGACUUCUUUGAGAUGGUGCGGAACGAGGAUGACUCAGAGCUGGCCAAAAGAUUUGAUAUGACCCAUGUAGAUACAAAGAGUGCCAGUGCCAUGUUUGAACUGGUCAAGAAGAAGCUGAGCCACACAGAUGCCUACCCCCACCUCCUCUCCAUCCUCCAGCACUGCCUGCAGAUGCCCUAUAAGCGUGGUGGUGGCAGCCUGCAGCACUGGCAGCUGUUAGACAGGAUCCUCCAGCAGAUUGUCCUACAGGAUGACAAGGGAGAGGACCCCGACGUCGCCCCUCUGGACAACUUCAGUGUGAAGAACAUCAUUCGCAUGUUAGUCAAUGAGAAUGAGGUGAAACAGUGGCGAGACCAGGCAGAGAGGUUCAGGAAAGAUCAUGUAGAGCUGUUAGGUAAACUAGAAAGGAAGGAACGAGAGUGUGACACUAAGACCCAGGAGAAGGAGGAGAUGAUGAAAACUUUGAACAAGAUGAAGGACAAGCUACAGCGUGAGGGUGUGGAGCUGCGCUCAGCCAGGGAACAAGUCCUGGAUCUAUCGUCACGCAUCAAUGACAUAGCUGGUGGCAGUGUGUCUUUCCCGCCCCCUCCUCCACCUCCCGGCGGUCCCGUGGCGCCACCUCCACCGCCUAUGAUUGCUGGCUUCCCUCCGCCUCCUCCUCCGCUGCCAUUUAGCUGCCCGCCUCCUCCGCCGCCUCCUCCCCCACCCGGCGCCCCGCCUCCUCCACCGGGAGCCCCUCCCAUUUUUGGAGCCCCACCUCCCCCUAUUUCCUCUUCCUUUAACUCAGCGACCACAAUGCGCUCCAAGUCCAUCCCUCAGCCCUCUCAUCCGCUGAAGUCCUUCAACUGGUCGAAACUAGGAGAGAAUUUGAUCAAUGGCACCAUCUGGAGUGACAUUGAUGACCUGAGAGCCUUCAAGAUUCUUGACCUCAAGGACAUAGAGAAGAUGUUUUCAGCCUAUCAGAGACAGCAGGACCUGCUCACUAACCAAUCCUUCAAACAGAAAGAGACCGGCUCUAUGGACGACAUAUAUGUCAGCACACGGAAGGUCAAAGAGCUGUCAGUCAUCGACGGUAGACGUGCACAGAACUGUGUCAUCCUGCUUUCAAAGUUAAAAAUGAGCAAUGAAGAGAUUAAGAGGGCGAUCCUGGAGAUGGAUGAGAGAGAAGAGCUAGCCAAAGAUAUGCUGGAGCAGCUGCUGAAAUUUGUCCCCGAGAAAAGUGACAUCGAUCUGUUGGAGGAGCACAAACAUGAGUUGGAGCGCAUGGCCCGGGCUGAUCGCUUCUUGUUUGAAAUGAGCAGAAUUGACCACUACCAGCAGAGGCUGCAGGCUCUGUUCUUUAAGAAGAAGUUUGCAGAGCGUUUAGGUGAAACCAAGCCGAAAGUUGAAGCCAUCCUGAAUGCAUCUAAGGAGGUGGUUCGGAGCAAGAGGCUGACUCAGAUCCUGGAGGUGGUGCUGGCCUUCGGCAACUUCAUGAACAAGGGCCAGAGAGGCAAUGCCUACGGCUUCAAGGUCUCCAGCCUCAACAAGAUCGCUGACACUAAGUCCAGCAUAGACAGGAACAUCACCAUGUUGCACUACCUGAUCAUGAUCUUUGAGAAGAACUACCCAGACACUCUGCACAUCCAGGAGGACCUCAUCAGUGUACCAGAGGCUGCCAAAGUCAAUUUGGCUGAGUUGGAAAAAGAGGUGCACAAUAUCAAAAGUGGACUAAAGGCUCUCGAGGCGGAGCUGCACUACCAGCAGAGCAGGACGAGGGAACGUGGGGAUAAGUUUGUGGCUGUGAUCGGUGACUUCAUCACUGUGGCUGGCUUCAGCUUCUCUGAACUGGAGGACCAGCUGAGUGAAGCCAAGGACAAGUUUGCCAAAUCUCUGAAGCACUUUGGGGAGGACGAAGGGAGGAUGCAGCCUGAUGAGUUCUUCGGGAUCUUUGACACCUUCCUGCAGUCAUUUAGUGAAGCACGGCAAGACCUGGAGAACAUGCAGCGACGCAAGGACGAGGAGGAGAGGAGGGCACGAAUGGAGGCCAUGCUCAAAGAGCAGAGGGAACGGGAACGGCGGGCUAAGAAGAGCGGCGCCUCAGAUGAGGUCGGCGGCGAGUUUGACGACCUGGUCUCAGCGCUGCGUUCCGGCGAGGUCUUUGACAAGGACCUGAACAAGUUCAAGCGUAACCGCAAGCGCUCCGUAAACCAGCUCGUUGAGGGCGGUGGCCGCGAACGAGCUGUCACCAAGGUCAACUACUAGGCUGGGAUAAGGAGAGGAAAAAAAAACACUAGACACCUAAAUUCUGCCGUGGUGUAGAUCUCUUGGCACCACUGACAUUGGAGAGGAUGUAAAUAAUGGCUGGACUGGACAUGUAGUGACAUGUAUGGACGGCGUGCCAUUUCGAAGGAUGCAACCCUCUCCUCUGAUUGGUCUUGUAAAGCUAUUUUCAACCUGUUAGUCCUGGAAGUUGUGUGAUCUCCUGAGCUGGACGAAGGACAGUUAAGAUCGAUGGAUGGAUGGACAGACCACUGUGACACAUUAUCCCAUGUCUUUUGACCAUAUCCUUUUAACACUGUGCUCAAGCUUCCGUUUCUCACUGCUCUUUUUUUUUUUUCCUUACAAAACCCUUCAGUGUUCCUCAGUAAGUUCUUUGGUGCUGGAGCUGCUCCAUCUUUUUUGCUACCUGGCUCUUAAACACAUAGAACAUUGGGAUCAGCCAGUCACACUGUACAUAGAUGCGAGACCAAGAGAAGUGUUUGGAAAAGGACUACGAAGCCACUCCAGGCAGAAACAGAGAAAGAAAAAAAAAAAGCAGAAAAAGAAGGUGGAAAGGGGGAACCAAGCCAUAACCUCCACAGUCAUGGUUGUUUCAAGUGUCCCUCAGAAAAGAGAGUUUUCAGCCACAGAACGGAUGGAUAUUCAUGAACUUUCUUUACUACAAAGAAGUACAUGGAGCCGCCAAUUCCCCAGAAUGCUUUGUAGGCUUCUGAAAGAGUGGAGGGAGGAUAUAUGAAUUGGAGGGUUGUCGCUUCAAAACAGAGGAUGCAUCCCAAUGGCCUCCUCCAGCACACAGCAUUCCCAGGCAGGAUGUAUAUACAUCCCAAGCUGCAGCUUCAGAGGAUACAACUCUUCUCAAGGAAACAAAAAAACAUCUUCGCUUGAUCCACCUGACAAAAGUGAUGACUGUGCCACAAGGGUCAAGCCUCACCUAUACUCUUCAGUGAUUACAACAUUGUUCUGGCAUUAACCAGUGCCAAAGCAAAGAGAAAACACAUGUAAAUGUAUUAAUACAAAACAUACUGCAAUUAGGCCUUGAUAUAUAUUUAUAUUUAGAUGCAGACAAGCUAAUUGCAAAGAUGUAGAGGUUUUUUAUGUUUUCAUGGCAUUUUGGGGUUUUGUACACGCAAUGCAUUAUUUGUUGGUGUUGCAAGUUCACAUUGCUGUUGAAGUGAAUUUCUAUACAUUUUGCGCUUUAUGUAAAAAAAGAUAAUUGCUUGUCCUUUUCACACCUGUAUGUCUUGUUUGCACUGUAGCUUUUCUGACAAACUUUACACUCAUAUGUUUCCACAAGCCAACCUAAAAAAAAAUCCUCUGUGUGUGUAAAUUACUGUUAUCUAUAUCAAAGAUAAUGAAGGAAUGCCAUAAAUUAAUUUAACCUUAAAGGCACAAUCUGCAAUCAGUUUACAGGGCUGUCAGUUUCCCUGAUCCCACCUGAAUGUGGACUGUGUACUCAGCCCUACUGGCUGCAGUAAAAUUCAGGCCACACAGGCUCUUAAGAGUCUGAAAGGAUGCUGCACAGCAGUUCUCAUUGCGCCUUUAAUGACUCUCAUCCAUAGUAUGUGUGGGAUCUGUUUCACUGGUGCUAAAACGUGUGGUCUCUGUACAGAGCCAUCAGUCCAGUUGAGGUUUUUUUUACCCUCACCUCAAGUUAAACUAGUGCUUGAUUACUCAGUCACCAAGAUUAAUCAUACAGUAUCUGUGUCUUUCAGCUGGCACUGUGAUAUCAGACCACCCCAUGUAUAGAGUCUGUUACUGCAAAGUCAAGGUACAACAAAGCACUUAAAGUGUGUAGAAACUUCUUAUUAUCUUUAAUGGUGCACACUGACAGGACAGUAACAGGAAGACUCCAGCCUCAGAGAACAUCAUAGAAAACAAGCCAUGCUUCCAUCUUUCCUUCCAGCUUCUCUCAGAUGUUUUACAUAUGGUUGGACUGUGUUUCUAUGAUCUAUUCAUUAUGACAGAGUCAGCCCCACAUGCCAAUUAUUUUCCUUUGAGUAUUAAUCUAAGACUAUAGCACUAGGAAUGAAAAAGGAAUGUAUGUGGUUACCUCAGUGAAACAUUUUAAAUCUUGAAGAUCCUGGGUCAGGUGUCUCCUGCUCUUAGUGCUUUGGAAAAUAAGUGAGCUGAUAGGUUCACACUCCGUUUUGAGACAUCAACUGAAAGGAUGGAUCAGUAUAAAACCGAAGUAUACACCUCAUAUGAACCUACCUCUUCAUGUAAGCAGGAAGAGGGCAAACCACACAUUAAGUUCAUAUGAAAUAUCCUGAUUAGCAUCUUUCUUCUUAGAUAACUCAUUUUAGUCAAUCCAUCCACAUGCAUGUUUACUGUAGUACCGUAUAGGGCUAUAUAUGAAGUGUGCAGGAGGAGGAGGACUGGAUAUGGAUUUAAAUUUUUUUCUGGGAUUUUUUUCAAAUGAAGACUUGUGUUUAAUCUCCUCUGUUAGCCCACUCAUGCCUGUGUUCUUAUAAUCUAUCAACAGGAGAGGGAAACAUAUUUAAGCCUGGGUCAGUAGCUGAGGCUUUCUAUUGUUUUGAUAUGUAGCCCUAUUGCAUUUAGAUGCAUGUAGAAUGGAUAGUAUUCACACACCAGCCCCUGGUUCAGUUUUUUCAAAGGAUGACUGAAUCUUACAGGCUUUUAACAAUGACACUAAACAGAGGAUUCAUACUGCACUUCUAUUCCCCAUUUACCACCAUGUCAAAGUAGAAAUUUUCCCACUGCACUUAAUUCAGUAAGCACACGGUGUAUUUUCAGAGGUGUUCAAAACACAAGAAUAAGACUUAACAUUUGUGUUUUUGAAUUUCUAGUAUUUCUGAAUGAACUGACAGACAUGCUACUUAACACUCACUACCCAUAUGUAUUUAUAUGUUGGUCUUGUAAUGACUCUCCCAGUUAGUCCUCAUCCAGUCAUUCUGCCAGAUUUUCUGGUCUUAAACAUUUUCACCUUUAAGUGCCUCUGACUCUGUUUUCAUACAUGUACCAUUCCUCUUACUGUGUUUUAGUGUGUGUGGCUUCCCAAAACAUUACAUGCACAGUAUUUGCAUGAAAUGAGGCUUGUAGUUGGGAUUAGACUGACUGGCGCCAUCUUGUGGCUUCCCAUAGUUCACUUUGUGUUGCACCUGACAUCACAAGCAGUUACAGCUCUCCUUAGUGUUAGCAUUAUGUGGCACUUUACCCCAACUCCAGGCACAGUAACUCACCAAUGUCUCCUAAUGAACUCUUUCAGGUGUACUUCAGUAUGGCUGGCAUGUCAUCAGAGUUUUUACCUGUUACCUGUACAGAGAAACUCCCACUGCAUUUUCUCCUACAGCUUUAAUUGAUCUGUAAUCAGUUAUUUCACAGAGACACAGCACAUUCCAUCAGGGCUUUAUUCUUUCAAUAUGUCCUCAAACUGAAGCAGAGAGAAGCUGGUGUGAAGCUGGAAAGAUGACAUGAGACAGUGUAUAGAGGAUCUCUGAGCUUCCCAUGUCCCACACUUUUGAGAUUAACCAGUAAACCAAAUAGACUCAAACUUUCAGACACUUUAAAAAAUCAGGAAAGCCCCUCAAGUCCUAAGAGGGAAAUGUCAUAUGAUUGCUUAUUCUUUAACCAGCAUCUCAUGUAUAUUUGAGCUAUUCUAUUUUCUAACCUCUGCUCCUUUUGUUUUUCCAGUUAAUCAGAGUUAGUAUAUCAAACUUUUGGCAGACCCUUUAAACUCUUAAUCCAGAGCUUUAACCCGUAUUGUAGUGCUGACUAUUUACUGAGGGGUAUUGCAACAUUGUCAGUAUUAUUACAUGUUUGUGUUAUUACAUGUUUGGAUGUUUAUUUGGCCAUUGACUGGCUGAUUUUGGAGUGUAAAGAUGGAAAUCAGAGGAAUGAAAUUAGUAGCUUGUUCAAUGCACUUUUAUUAUGGGACAUUUCCAUUUGCAGCGCCAUGUUGAGGGCUUAGAUGACUCUGAAAUGAUAAGGGUGCAAUGAAAGAGUGGUGCAAAAAUAACAUGGUGUAAAGAGGAAAAAGGGCAAGUGAGGUAGGGGACUCCGGCUGGGCCGCUGGAAACACAUCAGUAGUCUGUUGGAUGGCAGAGACGAAGACAUUGUGGGGACAUAAACACAAAGAGGUGACACUCUGAUGUAACAUGAGUGUUCUGAGUUUUAAAGCCUCACUUGUCUGUCUCCUACUUUGGGGUGUAAAAUAAAGAUGGGUGGGGUGGGGGAGGUCGGUGUCUUGACACCACCGCGUUUCUGUCAAAUCAUGCACUUGGCGUCGACCUGCAUGCCUAAAAAAGGGUGCACAAAGUGUGAUGUGUUGACUUUAACCUUUAAUAGAAAAUUGCUUGCAAUGUGGAGACACACCUGUUACACAAUUUGUACUGCCUGAGACAAGUUGCACCCAGUUUUAGAGGUUGUAUAAUUGUGAGGAGUCAGUAUUUUUAUGGUUGGAAAAAAAAGUAUCCUCCACAGAAAGAUGUACAGUUGGAAAAAAAAGCAUUUUGUACACCAUUCUUGAUGUUUGAGAUAAGAUUAAAAAAAGAUUAAAACAUUGAGGAAUGUUCCAUUCUCCUGUAUAUUGUACCUCUAUUUAUUUGCCUUAUUUAGUUUGCUAUAUUUUGUAUGUACACACAGCAUUACAACAAAAUGUUAUAUUAAAAAUAUGAAUAAUUAAACUGUGGUCCGUGUAUGAUGGAUAGUUUUGAGACUUGUAUAAGAAUGAGAAUCUUUUUUUUUUUUUCAUUUCUAUAAUUUUAUUUUUGUUUUGUAUUUUUCUCACCCUGUGUCUUUUGUAGGGUUACAAUAAACUUUUGUCCCUUACAA